GGAAGGAGCCCCCCAGCCGGAAAACCUUGCCCUCGCCGGGGCAUCCCCAUCAGUUUGGAUGGGGUUUAACCAAUUUCCCUUGGGUUUGUGGCGAGGAGGAGGAGGAGGAGGAAGGCUGGGGGGUCCGUCCUGACCCGCUCCGAGUUGAAACCCUUUAUUUCUCCCCCCACACAAAAGGUCGCGCUCUGAAUUUUUAAUACAAGAAGGCACAGCGGGAGGCGGCGAUGGCGCAGAUCAGCCUGCGGGAGCUGGUGGACCUCGCCAUCGGGAUGCCCGAGGUCGGAGCCGUCAACUUCAACGCCCUCCACAGCCUGCUGCACGCCAUCCUGCAGCACCUCGGCCUGCAGGACGUCAAGACGGAGAUGCAGGAGCAGAGCCCGAAGCCUCUCCUGGCGCCCGCGCCUCCGCCGGAGAGGGCCCAGCUCUUGGAGAAGGAGAAACCUCCCUACGACAGCCUGGAGAAGAAGGUGGUCGGGGUGGAGGCCCAGCUCCAGGGCAUGGGCCAGCAGCUCCAGGACCUGGAGAAGCAGAUGGCCACCCUGGAGAAGUUGCCUUCUGGGACGGACCUGCUGGAGAGGACCAAGAGCAGCUCGCAGGCCACCUCCGUGGUGGCCGACAUGUGGCAGAUGAUGCAGAUGAAGAAGAAGAUCGAAGCUAAUGAGAACGGCGUCUCCAAGGCCAUGGCUCUCUUCCAGGAUCUCCUCACCGAGAUGAGCGGGGUGAAGACGACCCAGCUCCACGUGGAGGAGGACAUCGAAAGGAUCAAGGAGCUGCUGGGAUCGGUGACGUCCCGGGAUGCCACCAGCCAGCCGCCGGGCCUGCUCCGUGACCAGGCGAGGCCGGACAGGGACACGGAGGCCAAAAAGGGCCACUCGUCCCCUGGCGAGCCCCCCGGUGCGGCUGCUGAGGCCUCGGGGAUCCAGCCCAGCCCCAGGGAGGGGACUCCAGGGAUGCAGCCUGACUCCCGGGAGAUGCGAGCAGGGAUGCCGGGAGCGCCAGCCACCCGGACGGGCCCUCCCGCAGAUGGGACAAGGGCUUCUGACGCCGGUGCCAGCACCCCGGCUGCACAACCAGGGUCCCCUGACACUGGGGCCACCAUCCCAGGGGCACAGCCAGUGGCCCCUGGCACCCAGACCACCAUCCCAGGGGCACAGCCAGGGGCCCUGGGCACCCAGACCACCAUCCCAGGGACACAGCCAGGGGCCCCUGGCACCCAGACCACCAUCCCAGGGGCACAGCCAGGGGCCCCUGGCACCCAGACCGCCAUCCCAGGGACACAGCCAGGGGCCCCUGGCACCCAGACCGCCAUCCCAGGGACACAGCCAGGGGCCCCUGGCACCCAGACCACCAUCCCAGGGGCACAACCAGGGGCCCCUGGCACCCAGACCGCCAUCCCAGGGACACAACCAGGGUCCUCGGGCACCCAGACCACUGUCCCAGGGGCACAGUCAGGGUCCCCUGGCACUGGGGCCACUGUCUCAGGGACACGGCCAGGGGCCCCUGGCACCCAGGCCACCAUUGCAGGGACACAGCCAGGGUCCCCUGGCACUGGGGCCACCGUCUCAGGGACACAGCCAGGGUCCCCUGGCACUGGGGCCACCAUCCCAGGGACACAGCCAGCACCACCAGGGGUCCAAGCAGGAGGUGCAGGAGUUCAGCCAAGGCCCCUUGGCAGCAGACCCAGCCUUCCUGACGCUCGGACGGUCCCCCCUGAAGCCAGACUCGGUGCUCCGGGGGCACAGACCGAUGCUCCGAGCCCUGAGGAGGGCCGUGAGGCUUUGCCCAGCACACGGGGUGCCCCAGCAGGCUCCCCCGCAGCCCAGCGUGGCCCCCCGACAGCAGACCCCACUGCUACAGCCCACCAGCCGGAGACCCCCUCCAGCACAGACGCCAGGACCACGUCCUCUUCACAAGAGAGGGACAUGGUGGCCCUGCCCCGGGGGCCCGCGGGCUCACCCAGCGCCUCCGACCGCCACGCGGAGCCGGAGGCUCUCCGCCAGGUCGGGCAGCUCAGCAGCCUCUACGCAGCCUUGAAGGAGCAGGUGGCCCAGCUGGAGCUGACCAAGUGCGACCGAGCCGAGCUCGAGAAGCUGCGUCUGCUCUUCAUGGAGGCAGGCCACAUCUCUCUAGACCAGAAGAGCAGGCCCAGCAUCCUGGAUGACCUCCUGGACCGGGUGGCCUCUCUGCAGACCGUGGCCAGCGACCUGCAAGGUGAAAAGGCAAAGAUCAAACAGCUGCAGAACGUCGUUGAAAGGAUGGCGGUGCCAGGAGCCGACCAGAAAGCGGAGGGCACCAACCAGAUAAACCUGCAGUUAGGCUGUCUCAGGUCCACGGUGCAAGAGAUAGAGAAGGAGCUGAAGGAGCUGAGAGUGAAGCAGGACGGGGCCAAAGCCAAACUGGAGCAGUCUGUGACUGAUGUGGCCGACCACCUGCAGGAGCAGCUGGACAAGCUGAGGUCUGUCAUGGAGAACACGAUGGCCUCGUCUCCGGCCUUGCUGUCGAUGAGCGUGCCAGCGAGCCUGGAGCUGAGGCAAGAGGAGGUGCAGGCCACGUGCCCGGCCUGCAGCCUGGACGUCAGCGAGCAGGUCAGGCAGCUCUUCCAGCGCUACGAGCAGCUCCAGCACUUGGUUAACUCCUUCAUGGCGCGGCAGGCGGAGAUCAAGGCAGCGAGGCAGCUGCCAGCGAGGAACCAGCAGGAUGAGGUACUUCUGAAGCACAUCCAGGCCACCAUCCUGCAGGUGCAAGCGGAUUGUGAGAAGCUUAACUUCAUCACAGGGGAUCUCGUGGAUGGCCAUCGCCAGAAGCAGAAAGAUAUCGAAGCUCUGUUCCAGUCCCUGGAGAAGUUGGAAAAGGAGAAAGCAGACAGGGAGGAUCUGGUGACGGAAAUCAAUGUGAAAGCAGACAAAGCCGCCCUGGCUGGCAAAGUCAGUCGCACUCAGUUCGAUGCCACCAUGGAGCACCUGAAUAAGAUGAUUCAGGACAUGCUGGACAGGGUCACGGGUCAGGAGCAGGAUUGGCACCAAAUCCAACAAAAGCUCGUAGAAGAGAUGGACUCCAAGCUGGACCGCCUGGAGCUGACGCCGUUCCGCCAGCGGCUGGAGGAGCGCUGGAAAACCCUCCUGAAGCAGCUCCAGGAGAAGGCGCCGCGGACGGAGGCCGACGACGCGGCUGGGAUUAGGAAGCAGCUGCUGGCUCAUUUCCACUGCGUCUCCUGCGACAGGUCCCUCAACAUGCUGGUGCCUGGCCCGCACGUCCUGGCCAUCCCGUCCAUGCCGGCGUUGCCCUCGCGCCACUCGCUGCGGCCCCACACCGUCUUCGAGCUGGAGCAGAUGCGGCAGCACGGCCGCAGCCUGCGCUGGGGCCCGGCCGGGCUUCCCUCGCCCCUGGACGCCCUGCUGCUGGAGCGGGGCGCGCGGAGCCCGCGCUGCACCCACGAAUGGAUGAGCAGGGACACAGAGAAGGUGCAGCUCCACGACGGUGCCGGAGCCAGCAGCCAGAUGAUCAGGGACCUGCUGCAGCUGCCAUGCCUCAGCCCCGUGCCCCCCCGCGAGCGGGCGGCCGAGUGCGGGUACCCGAGCGUGCCGCGGCACUGCGGGGGCCGGCACACCCUCAUCCACCCGCUGCAGCGCUGCGCCCGCCGCCAGCUCCUCGCGCGUGCCAUCCCCGGGCACCCCGAGCCCGGCCCCGCGCCCGCGCCGGCCAAGGACGAGGUGGAGCUCCUGGGCCAGGACGGGCACGUCUACAAGGGCCGGCGGGACGUGCGGCUGCCCGCCAUUGCCAGCAAGGACGGGUCCCUGAAGAAGGCGGCCGCGCUCUCCCGCGCCUCGUCCCACGGGCCGUGGGGCGCCCAGGACGCCGGCAGCCCCCCCCUCGGCCCCGGAGCGCCCUGACCCCGCGCAGUGCCCCGGGUGCCACCGGGUCGCCCGAGGACAGGCCGGCGUCGUCACACGGGCCCCCGACCCACGUUGGCACCCGGAGGGAGCGCUGGCCGAGGCCCUCACCGAGGCGCCGGGCCGGGAAGCCGGGCAAUAAAGGGCUCCGGCCUUUUGGCAGCUUUGGGGGUUUAAAACGCUCUGGGGGCGCUCGGCGGGAUCCCCUCGGGCAGCGCCGGCCCCCCCCUUUCCCAGCUUUCCGCGAGCGUCGCGACUUCACCCAUCGCUCACCACGGCAGAAGCCACCUGUUUAUUUGCUUAAACGGCAUUUAUGGGGCCUGAUUUUUUGCCGCGGCGAAUGGCAGCUGCUGCGGCCCGGCCGACCUGCCCUCGGUCCGUUUGCUCGGAAUAACGCGGGAGCGGUUUGUUUUCCUUGGGGGCAGGGGAAGCACGCGCCCAGGCAGCCCGGCACGGCCGUGCCCCCGCGUCCCCCGGGCUCCCGUCCCACCGCGGCCCUCCCGCCGCCCCGUCGCUUCGCCCAGCCUCCUCUUUUCCCCGGCCGGCUGCGAAAGAGCCACGCUGAGACCUAGCGCACGUCGUGUCACGAGUGACCGGGUGCCGACAGCCGCUGGAAGCAGAGCGGGGCCGGGCCGUGCGGGUGGCAGGCACGGGGCUUCCCCGGGCAACCCGCGAGCGGCCACGUGCCUGCCCGGCCCGCGGGGGCACGCGCCGCUUCCCCUUUCCCCGAAACGCGGCGCGGCGAGGCGGCGUGGGAGGGGGGGCUGGGAGAGCGCGGGGCUGCGGCGAGGCGGCAUCUUCCGUGCACUCGUCCGGCGGGGUGCCGGUGCCGUUGCCCCGCUUUCCUCGCUCCAGGGGAGCAAAUUUGGGGGAUUCGGGGAGAGUGGCCGCAUAGGGAUGGCCCGGGGCACCCCCUGCCCCUGCACAUGGGGCCCAGGCGUCCGGGGAGCUCCCCCUCAGCCCCCAAUCUUCCCCCUGCACCCACAGACCCCGUCCCCCAUUACCCUGGCCGCUCUCCGAGCGCAUCUUCCCGGGAUGCUCCCUGCUUUCGGAGGUGGCGGGUGCUAAAUGCUGGCUGGGAGGGGGCUCAGCAGUGUCCAGGCUCCCGGACUCCAGUGCAAGGGCUGGGAAAAGCCAGGGCAAACCAGCAGGGCCGGAGCCGGCAAAGGGGGGGCACAGCAGCUCCCGGGCAAGGGCCAGCUGGGCCCAACCCUGCCAAGCACAGGAGCCCACCAGGGAGGGUGGGAGCCCCAGUUCCCCGCAGCCAGCCUGGCCCUCACCCACCUGUGUGUGAUUUGGGCAGGGUUGGGCCCAGCUGGGCAUUGCCCACAAAAGCAAGAGCCGGCAGCAGCCUCCUCCCUCCCCUGGCCCCGGUGCUGCCGGCUCUGCUGCUCCUGGAGCAGGUGAGUAGCCCCGAGUGGGGGAUUUUGUUGCUUCUCAUCCCGGAGGAUGCGCUGUGCUGGGGCUGCCAGUGUCGGGCUGGCGGCUCUUCCCAGGAAAAUGGGGCUUGUGCCCUGGAUUUCCCAGUCUCCGGGUGCCCCGUCGCUCAUUGGCAGCCCCAGAGCUGCUGCGUUCCCGUUUGGGGCUUGUUUUACCCCAGCUGUGUGUUGCACCCUGGCCGGGUGCUGCCCCACUGUGGGAGCAGGUGUCCGGGAGCAGGGCAAAGCUGUGCCUUCAUUUGGUGCCGGCAUUAAAGGCUAAAUCGGGGGUUUUGGCUUUGCGAGGUCCUGAGCAGAGCGAGGCUGCUCCCAUGCUGUAUCAGAGGACCGGGCGCAGCGGUGCCCCGGCUCCGGCAGCUCUCCGGCGUGCGUUUUGGGCGAGCUCGGGUAGCUUCUCCCGUGCAAUGUUCUCAUUAGGUGCUUUUAAAAAUAGCAGAUCAGAGAAAGAAAACACGGUGUUGGCUGGUGUCGCGUGCCGGAGGGCAGGUUUUGCUUUUUGCGUGCCCGUCUCGGGCACAGCUGCGUUUCGGAGCUGCUGGCGGCGGCAGCCGGAGGGGAGGGUUUGGUCUCGGCGUCGGCAGUGCUGCUUUUCGGCAGGCAGCCUGGGGACCAAGUGCGCUUGAGCCCUGGCCGGGGCAGCAGCCCCCUGAAAGGGGUCCGGGGGCAUCGCGGUCCCCUCUGUGGGGACGAGGAUGGGGCAGGUCUCGCCCUCGUUCCCAGCCCCUGCUCCGAGGCGCUUCCCCCACCAGAAAGCCGCCUUCCCGGGAAAGAGAAAAAGCAGGAACUGCUGGUGUUAAAAAAGUGAUUUUUUUUUUUUAUUAUUUUUAAAUUAAUAAAAAACCUUCAACCUGUUUUUGUUGUGUUUUUGUUUUGUUUUUUUUUUUUAAGCAAGAUUGAUUUGAAAACUAAAA